GCCACUGAAGCCUGCCUUGGAUUUUUCUCCGAUCCUUCUUCUGUUCCAAGUCGAAAUACCUUCUUUCGAAUUCCACCCUCCCCGUUACUACCCUCCGAUUGCUGAUCCUAAAUAAAACUCGAUCCCUUCCGACCCAAGCUACGCGCCUCCCCUACCCAUCUUUUGGAAGUGUUUUCCUAUACAACCACCCCUCCCCUCUGGAACAUUCUUCAGCUUCAAGCCCCCCCAAUCCCACCAAAGGAAUCAUAUAUUCCUCCUCUGUACCACCAUUCUAGAUACGUCCACAGCAAACACACCAUCAUUCGACAAACAGGCCAAUCCACGCGUUGCGCUCUUACGUCCAACUCAGGGCAUUACCCAAACGGAGCCUGUGUACAAGCCACAUUGUCCCUAGGGCAUUGAAGCUCUUUUCACGAUCAGGACUAUCAACAGCAGUCUCGCCCGCCUACCGUGGCAACCCUUGGGAGUCAGUCAGCCAUGUCGUCAGCCGGCGUCUCAUCCGCCACCCCCAGCAUCAGUGACCUAGACGGUUACACCUUUCGCGACUACCACUUUCCUUCCAGCUCCAACUACGCGGUUAUCCAACUUGAGGACGACGACUUCGGCUUUGACCCACCGCAGAAGCCCCUAGCAAUCAAUGACUAUCAGGUUUACAGCCCUCCGAAUGACUAUCCCAUGUCGCAAUGGCCCGAGUUUGAGCGGGAUGAUGACUUGAAGCCAUCCACAGAGAACCCGCUCAGCAUGGACGCCUAUGAGAUGGACAAGUUCAUCACCUCGGUGUUACCUAAUUCCUCUACAGCCAUUGCACGAUAUGGCCAAAUGACUCCUCCUCGGUCGGACUCCGCUGCUAGCACCGACUCCAAAGCGGAGAAGUUGUCGCCCAAGUCUCAACCGGCAGACCUACAACCACGAAAACGAGGCAAGGGCCGGCCCAAAGCUGCCGAGACAGCCUCAGCGCCAUCCAAGACAACGACGACGACCGCGGGACGUAAGCGAAAGGCCACGCGGAAAUCCUCCAUCACCAUCGAACAAGGAGACUCGCCAGAGGAGCAAAAGCGGAAACAGUCACUCGAGAAGAACAGACUGGCAGCUGCAAAGUGCCGGAUCAACAAGAAGGAAAGGACGGAGAGGUUACAACGAGACUCGCAAGAGAAAGCAAUUGAGAACGCAUACCUCAAAGACCAAGUCAUGCGCAUGAAGGAUGAGAUCCAACAGAUGAACGCCAUCCUGGUUGCACAUGCCAACUGUGAAGGAUGCAAGUCUCCGGAAGAGAUUCAGGCCCACCUCAAUGCCCUGGGCAACGACUUCUUCAGUCAACAACUCGCCCUGGCCAGUCAGAAUUUUGGAGACUUCGCUCCGGUGAGCUUUAGCAGUCUGCCCGUCAUGCCCGACAACUUCUUUGCAGGGCCGACCGACGACGAAAUGCUGCAUCCGCCCCUGCCAGAGUUUAAUCGGUCUGCAGAAUUCGAGGUGCACACUCCGGCGCCGGCCGAUUGAAGAGAGAGAAACUCCAGGCGUUCACAGCCAAUUAUCAUUCUUUCAGUUCAAUGUACCAAUUAGCGCGGAAUCUUUUUGCUGCCUCGGACCCCCGCCCCAGGCGAGCAAGGUCCUUCAUCCUUGCCGGAACAAGGCGGCCUUUUUUUCGAUGAUACCCCUCACUGAAGUUUCUCUCUGGCUUCAGCUGCCUUCGCGGAAUACCAAGGAUGACUCAGUCAAUCAGACGUGCAGCUGUUCCUGUCAAAGACAGUUAGCAUGUCAUUGGCGGGGUCAGAAUGCUGCCUCUGCCCCGCUUCAUGUGGCGGUGCCUGUACGUGACCGACCGAAAUGCUCCCGAUUCGACGCCAUUCGGCUUGGGACCGCUGCUUCAGCUCUCUUGUCCAGGACACCCAGGCAAGCUCCCUGUUCUUUGGGACCCGGUUUAUGCAGCACUGGAGUCUACAGCUUGGGCGCGACGUUGUCGUUGGCCAGUAGCGUUUGGCCGUCGCAACGAGUUGACGAGCAUGGAAAGGUUCCGCACAGCUAGCUUCCGACUGCAUUUUGUGCAUGCGGAUGAAUGUCGAGACGAAGUGGGAUAAUAGGAAGGGACCACAGGACACCCGACAAAAAUGGCAUUUCCUACUUGGAAAGUGGAGUUCAGCUGCCUCGCAAUGAUUUUCCCGCGCGCAGAUGCAAAGGCAUUUGUGCCGAGUCGGGCUUAUGGCUGGCUUCCGAGAAUACGAGAUAUGUAAUGGUAGC